AUCGCGCGCCAUCAUCGAGGACGGCAGCCGUGUUUUAGUGCAUUGCGUAGCCGGGGUAUCCCGCUCGGCCUCCAUCGUCCUGGCCUACCUUACAAAAUACCACUGCCGUUCGCUACGUGACGCUUACCAUUUGAUGAAAAUGAAGCGCCCGCUUGUCAGGCCGAACCUUGGAUUCUGGCGCCAGUUGAUCGCUUUUGAGCAGAACAUCAAAGAAACCCCGGGCUCCGUGCGCCUCGUCACGAGGAGCACCACCAUAGUCCCACCGACGAAGAGCGUGCCACUGACGAGGGCAGAAGCCGGCGGAAUUCCGGAAAAUCGGCGAGAAUUCGCGGUUCUCGAGCCGCUCGGG